GAUAGUUGUUUACCUUUUUUUCCCUAAAAAAAGAAACAUUUACAAAACAAAAGUUGUCGCUGGAUUGCAAAUUACCAAUGGCCAGAGGCAUGCAGCUACAUGGCAAAUAAAAUGUAAGCGGAUAUCCUGCGCUGGAAACCACAUCACACUUUACCGUUCCCGGAUGCGCUGCACACUAAUUUGAGGCCCCGCAUAAUUGCCAAUUGUGCCGGAUCAUGGAGCAGGAUCAGGUCAAGGAUGUGGAGCAGGAGCAGCACAUGGAGAUGGAGCCGAAGCCGGAGAUGGACGUGGCGCAGGCUUAUAUAACACGGGCCAAGAUGAAUCCUGCCAAGAAGGACAAUGAGAAGCGGCGACGCAAGGAUGCCAUGCGAAGGGUGUCGAUGAUAUUGCGGAAAUGCGACUCGCUGCGCUCGACGAGCGACAGUCAGUUCCUGGAGAAGCAUCCGGACAUCGUGAAGGCGACGAAGAAGCGCAAGGAACGCGUGGAGAUCUACAAGGAGCGGGUGGUGGAACGCGAGGAUGCGCCGCACGUGAUCGAGGCGAAGGUGGAGCAGCUGGCCAACAUUAUUUCGCAGGCCAAGCACUUGGUUUGCUAUACGGGAGCCGGGAUAAGUACGGCAGCUCUGAUUCCAGACUAUCGCGGCAGCCAGGGCAUCUGGACGCUGCUCCAGAAAGGCCAGGAGAUCGGGGAACACGAUCUGUCGAGCGCGAACCCCACUUACACACACAUGGCACUCUACGAGCUGCAUCGCCGAAGACUUCUGCAUCAUGUGGUGUCCCAAAACUGCGAUGGCCUGCACCUGCGAUCCGGGCUGCCGAGGCAUUCGCUUUCCGAAAUCCAUGGGAACAUGUAUGUGGAGGUGUGCAAAAACUGCCGACCGAAUAGCGUCUACUGGCGCCAGUUCGACACCACGGAGAUGACCGCCCGCUACUGCCACAAGACCCACCGCCUGUGCCACCGCUGCUCGGAGCCGCUGUACGACACCAUUGUGCACUUCGGGGAGCGGGGGAACGUCAAGUGGCCGCUGAACUGGGCGGGAGCCACUGCGCAUGCGCAGCGGGCGGAUGUGAUCCUCUGUCUGGGCUCUAGUCUCAAGGUGCUCAAGAAAUACACAUGGCUGUGGCAGAUGGAUCGACCUGCCCGCCAGCGGGCUAAGAUCUGUGUGGUUAACCUGCAGUGGACGCCCAAGGACGGGAUAGCCAGUAUCAAGAUCAAUGGGAAAUGCGAUCGGGUGAUGGCGCAACUGAUGCACCUACUACACAUUCCAGUGCCCGUAUACACUAAGGAAAAGGAUCCCAUUUUCGCGCAUGCUUCGCUUUUGAUGCCCGAGGAGCUGCACACGCUAACGCAACCACUGCUGAAGAACGCCGACGAGGAGGAGGCCUUCACCACCACCACCGAGGAAACACAAGACUCGACCAUCUCCAGCGAGAGCUGCAGCUACAACUACAGCGACCUGCCCAUCGGAAAGGGUCCUCGCAUCCGCACACCCAUCAAGAAUGGACGAAGGGUCAAAACCAACCUGGAGCUGCGUCAGAAAUUCAAAGUGAUCAAUGGCCAGGAUGAGGAGAUUAAGGUGGAGGAGGCGGAAACCAAUGGGGAGGUAAAAACGGAGACUGACUCCAUCACGCAGCUUAAGGAUUCAUCCAUUAAAACAGAGACUGAAGUAAAACUGGAAAAAAUAGAAAGCCAGGACACCAAUUUUAAGCAAGAGUUGAAUCUUCUAGAGCUGCUGCCCAAGCUCGAACCUCUUUCCCUUAAAGAAGAACCAGAGGAGACGGUGAACAAUGGUUUCCUGGAGCUGCCCAAGCUAGUCGCCAUACAAAAAACUCAUGGGAAAAGUUUUAGUGCGCACCCUAUUGAGCUGAGAUUGGAGCCAGUUCAGCUGCCACCGCUGGUGCCCAUUGGAGCGCCGCUGUCGACGCCCUUUGUGGAGCCCAAGUUAGUGCUGCCGCCUGCCUUUCAGACGCUCAACAUUCAGGUCCAGAGCGAUGGCGACUCCACCACAGAGAAUGAGAACGAAGAGGAGGUGGAGGAGCAGGAGGAGAAAAUAGAACUGGCCCAGAUGGAUUUGCUAAGGCAGAACAGCGAUGAAGAGUUGCUCCGCCAGCUGCCGACCUGGUACGAUGCCAAGUACGCGUACUCCGGCCUGCACAGCAUCCUGAUACCGCCGCCAGCGGAUCUGAACAUCUGGAACUCGCAGGUGGUCCCGAACUUUGCGAUGAACCGAUCCGCCGCCAGCUGUGACUUCUGCUUCGAUCGCUAUGCGGAGCUAGAGUGCCAGUUCUAUCGGCGGUGGAACCUCAGCCAGCGCAAGCACAAGAAACGAGCCAGGAGCGGUCGGUUCGUGGUCUGCGAUUGCUGUCCAACGUCCGACGACGACGAUGACUAUGACGAGAAUAUAUCCCUGGCGCACAUCGCAGCGGCGGAAACGGCCAAGCGAAGGCAGCAGCUGAGCAAGUUUCCCCGGAAACUGGCACGCACCCAAGCGGGAUGGUAUGGCAAGGGCUACAAGAAGGGACGAAAACGAAGGUAGAUCGCCAAAUGCUGAACCCAAUCCUAUACGGCCGUGAUCCUAUCCCCAUAAACUAGGGUGGGUCGAAUUACUGAAGAGCUGGCAGCACAUCAUUGAAAACUGGAUUGUUUCUAGGAAUAAUUCAAGAUCUAGAGCAACAAAUUGACCUGCCCUAACCGAGACAUAUGCUCGCUUCAAUAGUAUUUUAGCUAUAGGAUAAUAAGUCAUAGCUUAGAAGGUAGUGCCAGCUAGCAUAGUUUGGGGUUACGUUUUCAUAAUUUAUACAAGUUUUUUAAUGUCACAUCUGCGUGUCCUUGUCUUUUAGGAUUAUAUUUUACCUACGUCAAUGUCACUCAGUUUUUGUCUAUUUUAAGUUAUUUAUUAAGUCUUUUAUUUAAUUAUGUAAUUGUGUAACUUAAUGUGUCUCAAUUGUGAAACUCUUGACUUUGUAUGGCAGUUUAUGUCAGUUAAUCAGUUAAAUUGCUUUUAUAUUUUAGGGUUUUAAUAACCACGCUUACAACCCAUCUUCCGCCCUUAAAUAUUUAAGUUAAAUAAACAAAAAAAGGCA